UACUCACAGGCAGACGCAGUUUCCGGAGAAGAUGUAUGAUUUUUUUCCGGGUUUUAAACCAACAUGGCGGCGCCCUUAGCUUUGCACCUGGAGUUCGGAGGAGGAGCUGAACUUCUGUUUGAUGGAGUAAAGACUCAUCAUGUGACACUUCCAAGCCAAUCAGAACCCUGGGACAUGAAGCAGCUGCUGGCGUGGAUUCGAGGAAACAUGCUGAAGGAACGCCCGGAGCUGUUUAUGCAGGGCAAUACUGUUAGACCAGGGAUUCUUGUAUUGAUUAAUGAUGCAGACUGGGAACUGAUGGGAGAACUGGAGUAUCAGCUUCAGGACCAGGAUAAUGUCGUCUUUAUCUCCACACUUCAUGGAGGUUAACUGACUCCUAAGGCUGCACGACACCCAUACAGGAACCCUGCCACCUUUCAAAGGGUCAAAAUUCAAACGGUCUGCCAACGCCAUCGUUUCCAGAUUUCGCCGAAUCUAGUAAACAGACGCUGCCUUAUUUUGGUUUUCACUCCAAUGAAAUGUAACGUCAUUGGAAAUGAGACUGCGGUAGGACCGUUGAAGAGCAUGGCGGGGUUAGGAUGGGAGCACGGACUCAUUAGGAAGGUCAUUCUGUCUAGCCAGUGUCCAGAUGGAUUCUCCUGAGAAAUGAUGAACCGGUUACCCCAUGUCAAAUGGCUCCUUUAUAAUUUACCUUUAUUUUCUGUAUGAUGCUUCUAUACCUCUAUAUGUUUACUAUACUGACUGUUUUUAUUUUGAUGUAGAUAAAUAUGAAAUAUGAUUACAUUGUUGUUGUUUUUUAAUAAAAACUGAAAUAUCUUUGUGCAUAAA